UUCUGCCAGUUAGGUCGUGUGUUCAACGUGCUGUGCUACAAACGUCAAGGAAUCAAUGUGACAUGAUGGUGUCACCGAGGUGGUCGUUGUUGUUCCUGCUGAUGCUGAUGUUGCUGGCGGUUGGGGAGACGCUGAGGAAUGGCCAUGCUCCCCGCUGGUUGGUCAACCUGUUCUGCAAGAGGUCAUCAGGUCUGACUCAGGUGCCCUGGGACUGCACGGGGUACCUCCACUGCUACACCCAGGGCAUGACGACCUACGGCGUCUGGCUCAACUGUCCCUCAUCACUGAGAUUUGACGCAACAUCCCAGAACUGUCUCCGCGUUUCCCCAUCAUGUAUAAACAUGGGCAAAGUGGCACAAAAAUACUGCCCCAUCUAUAGCCACUUACGGUUCCCGCAUCCGGACAGCUGCGCGAUGUUUUACGACUGUUCACGGAAAACACCUGACAAAAGAUAUGGACUGAAGAUCUACGAGAACGAAUGUUCUUAUCCUACUCUGUUUGACCCUGAAUUGGCGGUGUGCAGGGAAAACCAGCGGAGUAACGAGGUGGCGUGUAUCAAUCCCCCGGCCAACAAGUGUGAUUACAAGACAGAGUGUGUCUCUGUGUCCAGUCAGUGUGUACAAGAUGGCUAUGCACCCAAACCCGGAACUAUCUACUCGCCUGAACACAUCCUCUGUAAAGGAGGGAAAAUUUUGUCAAAUUUAAUGUGUAAAUUUUCAGAAGAAGUUUUCGAUCCGAUCGAAAAGAACUGCACAUCGAACUAUCAAAAAUCAAUCAGCACCUACUGCCGUAUGCACCCCUCUGCCAAGUUCGGGGACCCAAGGAACUGCGCUCGUUAUUACGACUGCAGUACGAGGUAUCACCACUUCGGGCUGAAGCCCUACCAGUCGGAGUGCCAGUACAUGCAUCUGUAUGACGAGAGCAGCGCCACGUGUCAGCUGUUUGACUUGAUCAAAACCCCGUGUGGCAACAAGUUUGAGCCGAAAUCUCCUUGCGAGUACAGGAUAGGACGGUGUCUGGGUCGAGAGUAUUGCAUGGCGUGUUCCGCUUCCUGUGUUGGGCAACCGGAUGGGGAAAUCCCGUAUCCCGGCAUCCCUCGCACGCGCUACCAUCUGUUCUGCAGAGGAGAGAGGACGGUGGAGAUUCAAGAAUGUCCCAAGGGAUAUAUCUUCCACCCAAAAGUGAAGGAAUGUGUGCCGGACAUUGAGGAAACAACAGCCAUAGCGACAACAGAGGCUACUACUACUAAGUCGACUACGCAGCCAACAACGACAACAACACCAUCAACGACGACCACAACCACAACCACAACUACAACGACAUCGACAACUACAACACAGCCCCCGACAACUACCACACCUACAUCUACAACAACGUCCACGUCAACUACCACGGCCUUGUAUCCAACACCCCCUCCUGUGUGCUCGUGUCGGGAGGAGAUGACGCCAUUGUUUCAGCGACUCAACAACCUCACGAUCAUCACCCGCGCCUUGAUGCAGCAAAUGACGCCCUCCGUUAGGAGUCCGUUUGACUGUGUGUCCCCUCCCACCCCUGACGGAGCAGUAACUCGGCUGACGUACGAGGGUCAGGAGGCUGUAGCAAGGUAUACCUGUGUCAGUGAACAGUACGGCGUCUGUGACGGUAACGACGUGAGCAGAUGCAGGAACAACGACGUCUGGACCGCCCCUCCUGGGAAGUGCGGACGUGUGGUGUGGAAGAGUGUGAACGCUGGCUACGUGAUACUGGACUGUCCCUUCACUGACCACAACUCGAUAUACUUCGUGAUGACGUCACAAGACGACUUCGGUGUGCGACUGACGGAGGAAAGGACACAACUCUUCUUGUUUCUCGUGGGAAUAUCAAAGGGACAGGUUAAGGCAGGUGCCAUGACGUUUGGUUUGGCUCCGUCUCCAACAUCGUCCACCACAACAUGGAGGGUUUCACGCAGAGGAGGACGAUAUGAGCUCUUCGUUAACGGAAUCAAAACUGCCCAUCAUGACGGCCAAGCAGCCCUGGGCUCCGGGGUGCAGAAACUUGCCGUAUCUGGGCGUGGUCGCCUGUAUGAGGUGCGACUCUUACCCCCGGGUGCCCUGGAACCCGUCCUGCCACCUCAACCUGCGCCUGUUACGACCGUUCCCACAACACCUGCGUCUACUACACAUGCGUCUGCUACACCUGAACCUACUACAACUGCAUCUACUACGCCUGUACGCACAACGCCUGCAAGUACAACGACCGAAGGCACACCUGUAAUCACGGAAACAGGUCAGAAUCUAGCUCUCCAGAAACCGGUGUUGGCUAGUGCCGUGAUGUACGAGCGUUACUCACUGGAGACUGUCGUAGACGGCAGGACCGACAACAACGUCACCUCUAACCACUGCUUCGUGACAGCCGCUGUUGACCCGUGGGUCAUGGUCGACCUGACAUCCAUGUACCACGUCACUUCCAUCGCCUUGACGAGGAGUGCCUCAGACGAGAAACGACAAGGAGACGUCGAGAUAACCGUAUACAGUCAGAACCCGGAACUCAACCCCAAAGCUGUUGGCGUACUGUGUGUGUCGACGGUUGGACAUCCACCUGGUGCUCGAGAUAAACAACAGUGUGCAGCUCCUGCCCCCGGGCGGUUUGUGCGGGUACAGCACGUGGCCGGCUCUAGAGGGGUGCUCACUGUCUGUGAACUGGAGGUGUUUGGGAGCAAAGUGACUGGCUGGAGCCCCUUCUCGUGCCCGAACCCUCCUCUGCUGGACAAGGCGAUGGUGGAUGUCCACUACUCCUUGGCCGCGGCUGUGGCGGUGUACUCCUGUGACGACGGCUACUCCGGCGGCUGUGACGACAACAACCUGCUGUACUGUACCAGUGACAAGGGCUGGGAGGGUCAACCCAAAGCCUGUAUCAGGGUGGACUCGGGAACAGAGGAGACGAUUGGGUCCGUGGAACUACCAUGUCGGUUGAAGGUGGGCUUUGCACAUGAAGUGUGGGUCGAACCCAAACAGAGCGGAUCGUACAUUGCCUUCAAGGCGGGCAAUGACACGGCUCUACAGAUGACCCUCGAGUGGCCGGCUGUGGGGUCGUACAUCCGAUACUCCUAUGAAGUGGAUGGAAUAUCCACCACCAUACCUGCAGACACGCCCAUGCCGUUCCAGGGUCGAACCGUGUCUCACAUCACCCUUCUCUUCCUCUCAGAACACCUGCAGAUUCUAGUUGACAACGAGUCCCUCCUGGCCGUCCCCCAUCACGUACCAGCGCCGCUAAUUGACAGAAUAGCUGUUGAAGACCAGAAACUGUCCAUCAAGAAAAUCAUGCUCAAUCAAGAUUGGACGAAGGCCACCCAAAAAGAAUCCAGUCGCAACCUUUCGUUGAGAAAGCCGACUACAGCAUCGUCCAACGCGGAACGUUCUGGGCUUGUGGUAGACGGGUCGAGACGAUCCCUGGCCACAGGGCCGGGGUCUUGUUGGCAGUCGGACGCCAGUGACUGGGCACCCUAUUGGCAGGUGGACAUCCAAAACUACUACAUCGUCACAGCUGUUGUCGUCACAAGCCGUAAUGGAGAAGGGUGCCCGGCGGGUGGCUGUGGCGGCGGGCUCCAUGACUACGCCCUGGACGUGUACAUGACCAAUCCGGUGACGGAUCCCAGUGCGAAGGCCGGGCUGUGCCAGUUCGUCAAUGGGGAACACGCAAUCUCCUAUUCCCAGUACAAGCCGUGCCGGGAGGAGCACGUGGGGCGGUACGUCCGACUCAGGGGUACCCUGAGGAACAGCCUCACUGAUGUACUGACAGUUUGUGAGGUGGAAGUGAUGGGAUAUAGAUAUGUUUUGAAACCGGAGAAAAAACUCUGGUCACCUAAAGAUUGUCCCUUCCCCCCUCUGCUGGAGAACAUGGCGGUUCAAAUAUCCCACUCCCUGGACGAGGCAGUGGCUACCUACGUCUGUGACGACGGCUACGCCAUGUGCAGUGACGACAACGUCGUACGUUGUAACAGCAGUUCCGGAUGGCAGGGACAGCCAGAGUCAUGUCAACCGAUGGUGUUUGGCGCGAUGACCAGGUACGACUUCAAGUGUCCUAUUAAACUCGGCUCAAGUCUUCACCUGUGGACAACACCUGACGGGAUGAAAUCGAAGCCCGCCGUGUUCCUGCAGACAAAGCAAGUACCUACAGUCAUGAGUUUGAGUCUUGAUCUCAACAGUCCCGGACUGUUUCAUUUCAAAGACGGUUUUAAGCCACAACAGCCGUUUAAAGUGAACUUCCCAGCAAUCAGAACUGAUGUGGAGUACCAUUUCGUAUACACGUUUCUCAGUGACUACCUACAGGUUGAGAUUGACGAUGUUCUCGUCAUGAAGUAUCCACACAACCAGCCAGCCCAUAAACACGGCGCGCUCACCACGUAUGGCUUUAACAAUCGCAAGGUUUUGAUAGCAAUGAACGACGCCAUCACGAAAGAGUCAGUCAGUACAAACCUUGCCUUGAACAAACCCGCUACAUCCAGCUCGGACAAAGAUGGAUCUCAACCUGGCUGGCUCGUGGACGGCAACUCCUCUCCCGUCUGGGCCGACAACACCUGCUGGUCACACACCGCAGCCGACGUCAACGUGUACUGGGAGGUAGACUUACACGGCUACUACUACGUCAACAGCGUUGUCAUCACAACCAUCAACUGUACCGGCCCUUGUUCUACGAGGUCACAUGACUUUGAGAUCACGGUGAGGUCAGACGGAGAAGAGGUCUGUCACAUGUACCAUGGCGCGAUGUCAGAUGGAGACACCCAGAAACUGGCCUGUGACAAGGAGGUGUUGGGGAGAUACGUCAGGAUUAAACCCAAGGCCGGGCAGAACACCAACGACCUGCUUACGUUUUGUGAAGUGGGAGUUUACGGAAGCAGACUUACCCUUAAACAGUGGUCUCCCUUUGACUGCGGUGCUCCAACUGCGCCCAAGAACAGCUUGAUGACCUUGACUUACACCGACACUGACGCCAUUGCUACACUCACGUGCAACGCCAAUUCCAUGUCUUGUGGUAACGUCAGCAAGGGAGUCAUGAGGUGUUCCAAGGGUCAAGUGUGGACGGGUGCCUCCCUAAAAUGUUCCCCUUCACAGCUCGAAUAUGACGAGAACGAUAGUGUUUCGGAGUUUGUGUUCAGCUGUCCUUUGACGAUUUUUACAUCCUUUGAGAUCUGGGCCACACCGCAGUCUCCUGACGUGAAGAUAUCUGUCAUGAUUGACAACAAUAACAUAGCCAUGGAGGUCGUCAUGGAUUCGACCACUGCUGCAGUCCCCUUUGCCUAUAUUCGUCACCACUUAGGGAAUCAACGUCUCCAGACACUCCCCUUUGUUCCCCAUCAACCAGCUCACAUCGUGUUCACAUUCCUCCCGGAACACAUCGUGCUGGAAAUAGACGAGAAGGAGGUUAUGAAGGUGGACCACGUGUUCGACGCUCUGAAGGCUAAACGUCUACAGUUUACCAACCUGCCUCUGAGGAAACUGAAACUGAGCAAGGGAGUUCUGAAUGGAAUUAAGAAAGAACCCAUCAGCAGGAACGUUGCACUUCAGAAGCCGGCCAAGGGGUCUUCAACUACCGGAAGCCCUGCGGGAAGAGUGGUGGACGGACUCCCCUCCCCUACCGCCAGUAGCACGACGUGUUGGCAAGUGUCCGCCCAGGACCCUAACCCAUGGUGGCAGGUGGACCUACAGGCAUACUACUACAUCGACAGGCUGGCUAUAACACACAAGAAGACGUGUGCGGGUUGCGAGAAGUUUCUCCACGACUUUGAGGUGGAGGUAUUGAUGCACGACCCGACACUCUACCCUGCCACACCCGCCAAGUCCUGCUUCUCCCACCCUGGACAGUUCCCCCACGGUAAACGCCAGGUGCUGGACUGUCUGCCUGACGUCUUUGGUCGCUAUGUCAAGAUCCGUAGUAUGAAGAAACUGGAUGCCAGUGAUUCAAUGACGAUGUGUGAAGUGGAAGUCUUUGUAUCAAAACCAACAAUACAAGGGGUAAUCUCCGACUGGUCCCCAUUCGACUGUCCCCGCCCCCCUCUCCCCGGGGGUGCCUCUGUCCAGGUCUCCCACUCGGCCACGGCGGCAACAGCGACCUACCGGUGCCAGGAGGGGUUUGCCCUGUGUAGCGGGAGGACCACAAUCAACUGCAACUCUAGUUCAGGUUGGCCGGACGCCGACAUUGUCUGUAAACAGGCUGUCUUUGAACGUGUGGGUAUGUCCAUGGUGGAACUGCAAUGCCCUGUGAACAUCGGUGAUGCACUGGAAGUAUGGGUGACACCUCAAGGAACAACAUCAAAACUCAAGUUUACCGACGACCUGGCAGAGAAUGGUAUAGUUUUGAACUACGUCUCAUCAACCAAACAGUUGGAGGUUUACUUUUUCAAUCCAAACGUCACAACAGGAAAUACGGUACCCGCCAGCGACGUCAGUUCCCUCAAGUCGGGAAAAGAAUGGCACGUGGUCCUUACCCUACUGCCAGAACAUCUGUAUAUAACCGUCAACGGCCGUCCGGUGGUGAUCUACCCAUACACCAUAGAGCCGAACAAAAUCCUGUCAAUAUCACCGGUCAGCGCUAACUUGAGGAGGGUUGUCUGGACGCGGGGACAUGGCGUAAAUAAAGAACCCGGACCCUUUGACUGCAUGUUGCCCCCGCCCACAAUGGCAGGAAUGAAAGUAGAAGCAGUAACCACGACAGGGAGCUCCCUAGUCGCCAGAUACACGUGCGAGGUGGGCACGGCUCCGUGUGGGGCAGCCCCGCCCUCCAGCACCUGCCGCGAGGGGAUCUGGCAGACCGUGGAAGGAACAUGUUUCGUGACGACAUUCAGAUACCCUGAUAUUACUGGGAAGAAUGCGUUCACGCUCACAUGUCCUCCAGUGUCUUCGACGGAGUUCCAUAUAUACGCAACGCCAACUUUGGCUCAAGUGAUGGAGAUACAGCUCGUCAACACCGCCACCGCCAGACACACGCCCGUCCUGACAGCGAGCAUCAUCUUCACCAGUGUCCAGUACAUCAACACCUUCAUUUUGGCUAGCAACGUCACCGGCAACAUCAUCAUCGACUCCUUCCCGUUCCACAUGGGUCAGGAGUUUCACAUGGUCAUCACGUAUCUGGUCAAGAGCUUCCGUGUAGGUGUUGACGGCAAAGACGUCAGAGACGUGCAGGUCGAUGUAGAGGGAGAUUUUAUCCCCGCUGUGUCGAUGCAAGGACCAAUGGCCGUCCGGACUGUCGAGUUUCAGAUGCCAGAUAAUGCCCUCGCCUAUAGCGACCAACCGUUGAAACCGGAUACCGAUAACACGUGGGUUACCUUGCCCCUCACUGGUUCUAAGAGGACGAAAUUAUUCCUGGUAAACUCGUGCACAGAGGUUAUUGUUGACGUCAUAGCGGAUAAAGUGUGGGGGAUAAAUGUCCAGUUUACCCUGGGUGCCCGGAAGAACACAAAGACCGACUGUACGAUAUGUGAAACGGAACUGACAAAGUGGCACAGCCCCCUCUCCUGCGGCGAGUACAUGCCUUUCUGGUUGGAUUGGGGCAAUGACAGCGAGAUGCGUGUUGGUGCUGGCUACGUCAUCGGUCGCGACUUCAUAACGAGUUCGGGGUGGCCGUCUACCGUUCCAGUUGGGAGAAUACGCGUUAGUGCCAAUGCCAAAGUAAAAGAUGUUGGGAAUCUGGCCAUGUGUACCAAACCAGACCCACCGCCAUACCAGAUGACAAUUGACGAACACAGCGCCGGGGACUACACUACAACUAAGUACAGGUGCAUUGAAGACACGUACAUGUUCUGUGGAGAGGACAAGGUGUCUCGGUGUGCUGCUACCGGCCCAGUCACGAACCAAGUAAAAGGCGAAUGCCGGCAAAUGACCUGGAUACCAAAGUCGCAGCUUAAUAAAUUCGCCUGGCCUUGCAAGAGACUAGUCGGUUCCACGGUCUCCCUGUAUCUCACACUGAACACGUCGAUCAGCGUCAGUUUGAUGAAGGAACAGCUCAAACACUUUAUGUUAAAGGCGGACUCCGUGACGUCGCAGCUUACCCUGGGUAACACAGUACCCGGUGGGGGAGGAUCAGUCCCUGUUAAUCCCUUCCCUUUCCCGGUCAAAAAGAGAUUCCACUUGACUAUCACGAUCCUGAAACCACAUUUUGAGGUCCGAGUAGACGGGACGUCCGUGGCUACGUCCCCCCAUGUCGUCAACUUCACAACAAUCAGCAGCGUAGUAGUCGAGGCUCCCAAUGUCGACAUUGUCCACAUUUUUACACCUGAGAGAGGCUACACAGACUGCGCAACUGCCACAGUGCCCAAUGCCAAGGUCAUCACCUCCGAGACGUCAAUGGGAGCUGAAGGGCAUGUGAAGUGUAACGUCGAACACCGCUACUGCGGGUCACACACCAAGGUCACGUGCUGGAGUGACGGCACCUGGAAGUUCUACAGACCUGACAAAUGCGAACGCUACCAAUGGACUAGCCUGGCGCCUCUAGGCAAGGAGACCAAUUUCCCCAUUCCAUGUGUGCUGAAAACCGGGGAUGUCAUCAUACUGCAGGCCACAUUGUCAAGGGCAACGAACGUGUUCCGCAUGGCACUGGUAGCUGGUCCAGAGGCAGUUGUUCUCAUCACCUAUGACCAAGUAGUGAACUCCUUGAUUAUCAGCAACGUCCUGAACGGCAAAGUACUGACGACGCAGGAAGUAGCGAGUCAUGGGCUCGCACCUGUGGCGUUCAAACUGAGCAUAAAAGUGCUGAAAGAUUCCUACGUGAUAUAUGUCGGCGGAAAGAUGGUAUCGGACUUCCCCUCCGCGUCCCCCUCGCUGAGAGUGGAGCACAUCUCUGUAUCCUCGGGAACAGCAGUCAGGUCCCUUGAAGUGACAACACCAGCAGCGUAAUGGUUACAACACAUGCAUCGUAUCAAACUGCACCAGGUGCUCAUCGUAUGAAUCUACAUGUCGCCAUUCCAUCUCAGUGUUGUGUAUUAACUCGAAACAGUGAAACCACGGGAUCCACCGAUCUAUACCGAAACGUCGCCUUUACAUAAAUUAAAGAAGUUGUUAUCCAUAAACUUUGUCUGGCUUGCCAUCCGUCAACUUCUAAGUAAUGUCUAUCACACAAAUCACCGUGUCCAGUUUGGCCGAAACCGCCACUUCCGAAUGCACACAAGUCUGAAAGGUUAUAUCGCUAAAGUAUAUACAGUACAUCCGUCAGUUCGUUAUAAGCGUGUUCGUUAUAAACGUAGUUUAAUGUAAUGUCUAUCAAACAAUUCACCGUAUCCAGUUUGGCCGAAACCGCCUCUUCCGAAUGCACACAAAUCUGAAAGGUUAUAACACUAAAGUAUAUACAGUACAUCCGUCAGUUCGUUAUAAGCGUGUUCGUUAUAAACGUAGUUUACUGUAAUGUCUAUCAGACAAUUCACCGUAUCCAGUUUGACCGAAACCGUCUCUUCCGAAUGCACACAAUUCUGAAAGGUUAUGUCACUAAAGUAUAUGCAGUACAUCCGUCAGUUCGUUAUAAGCGUGUUCGUUAUAAACGUAGUUUACUGUAAUGUCUAUCAGACAAUUCACCGUAUCCAGUUUUGCCCAAACCGUCUCUUCCGUGUGCACACAAUUCUGAAAGGUUAUAUCACUAAAGUAUACACAGAAUAUCCAUCAGUUCGUUAUAAGCAUGUUCGUUAUUUCGUAUUUCACAGUAUACAUAAUUCUGAUUUAGCUUACUCUGUCAUGCACUCGUUCAUCUGGACAAUAUAAGAACUGCAGGUACAUUAUCGUCUUUAUUAUGCCUCAAAGUGAGAUUGACCAAUCAGAGAGCUGAACUACUGACCCCAUAUGAGACCAUAUACCGUCAGUAACAGCCAUUUUGGAUUUUCCAACACCCACCUCACAUAUUUCACAUGGAAAUUCUGGUACAGAAAUUCGUUAUUCGACACAGUUUUAUGUUGUAAUAUCAUAAAUUUUAACGUGCAAAGACGUUAAUGUUUUUUUUAGAUCACUUUCGUGAGUUUUAUAAAGAUUAGGUAAAGUUAAAAUUAUCAACACGGUUUGGCCUCUGAAGUUUGAAGAGUAGUCUCCCUUUUACCCUUCGGGCUCAGGUUGAAAGUUUUCAUUUUGACAUGAGAUGUGCGAUAUUGAUACCAGAUAGUGUAAACGUUUUGGCAUAAUAAAUUCUUGAAGUUGUCUUCAGUUGCCGUAUAAGGCAAGUAAAGACAGGUCAAUAAGGCGCCAGUUCUUUCAAUAGAUGAAUAACACUAUCAAGUUUAUCUGGUAGUAAAUGAGGUGUUAGAUAUUUGUAGCGGAGUAAAUAGUGCUUUGUGGAUCGACUUAUUAUUUCUGAUUUGUAGCAUAUCAACAAGUCGUCACUUCUUUGAAGUAAAUCUGUAAGUCUCGUCUGUGUAGGAGACAAACAACUUUUAUGUUUUUGUUGUGAAUUAAUUAGUUGUCUGUUUUUAGUUAUAGAUGAAGAAGUUGUCAGUUCUUUGUUCAGUAAAUUGUCUGAUUCUUGUUAGUGUCAUUAGGUUGUAUCUUUUUCGUUGUCGUCAGUUCUUUUAAGUAGAUCAACGUGCUAUCUAUAAUUCUUUCUAAACCAAUAAGUUGUCAGUUCGUUGUAGGACCUGUGAAGAUCCGGGUUAGAACAGGUCUUCAGUAAACCAUGCUUGUCGUAAGAGGCGACUAACGGGAUCGGGUGGUCAGGCUCGCUGUCUUGGUGCAUGUCAUCGUAUCCGAUUUUGU